UCAAUUGCUUUGGGACUCCACACGAGCCACAGGACUAUUGCUUCACCACCACAGAGAGAGAGAGAGAGAGAGAGAGAGAGUCAAGAAGGACAAUAGUGCAAUUAAAAGAGACCGGCGGGCUCAAUAAACAACAGAAAUGGGACUGCUACGUGUUGAAGACCUGGUCAUGGGGAAGAGGUGUGAGGGGGAGGAGGCAGGAGGUGCGUGUGCUGAAGUGUACGGGGCAGGAGAAUAUGAGUCGGCGGUCAAUCGCGAGAAACAGGACGGCUUUUCAGCGCAUACCGAUCUGAGCUCAGCGAACAGCCAGGACGAAGACAACCUCGCUCUCAAUAUUGACCGGUUAGGUCACCUGAAGCUGGAGACUGUAGAUGAUCUCUUCAGCAUCCUGGAGCUGAAGAAGAGGAGGAAAGAGAGGAAGAUACGUGCUCACAAGAAGGAACCGGAACCUGAGAUAGUGCCAGAAACAGUGGAGCAGGCCAUGUUCCUCAAAGCUGCUGAGGAGAAUAAGCUAGCUGUGGUGGAGAAGUACCUGUCUGAUGGUGGAGACCCCAAUGCCUGUGAUCAUUUCAAGCGCUCUGCUCUGCACAAAGCCUGCUUUCACGGUCACAUUGAAGUCAUGAAGAGGCUUCUGGAGGCUGGAGCUUCAACUGAGAACAAAGACAAGCUGGACGCGACAGCCGUGCACUGGGCCUGCAGGGGGGGCAGUCUGCCUGUGCUGGAACUGCUGCUGAACGAGGGAGGCAAAAUCAGCUCCAGAGACAAGCUAUAUAGCACUCCACUCCAUGUAGCGGUCAGGACUGGCCAUUACGAGUGUGCGGAGCAUCUCAUCCACUGCGGCGCGGACAUCGGCGCUAAAGACAGGGACGGAGACACACCCCUGCACGAUGCGGUGAGGAUCAACAGGUUCAAAAUGAUCCAGCUGCUGCUGAUGUACGGGGCCAGCAUGAAGACCAAAAACAACGAUGGAAAGACACCGAUGGAGAGUCUUUUCGUGUGGCAGAACGGGGCUAAAAACAUACUGUGUAACUUUAAAGAGGACGCAGCUUCUCCAACUCAAUAGAGAGAGAGAGAGAGAGAGAGAGAGAGAGAGAGAGAGAGAGAGAGAGAGAGAGAGAGAGAGAGAG